AUUUGUAGCCUCCUGGCGGUUAAAAAGAUCGAUCUAUCAGUUUACAACGUAGGAGGAAAGCUGAUCUUUCACACGCAUCGCUUUAUCUUCAACGUUUGACCAUUACCCCGUUGGAAAUGCCAUGUAAAAUCUUUUCCUGAGACGUUCCGCAAAACUUCCUUUCACAUUCAAAGCAGGUAGUUCAAACAAUUUGUAGAAAUAGGUGAAGUGCAGCAUGGAGGUGGCUGCAAAGUAUUCGGCAUUAAUAUCAGUCAAUAGCCAGCAAGUGCAGAUGAGUUGCAAAAGAAGGUUUCAUAUGAGAAGCAGAAGCAGAAGCAGAAUGAGGAUAUCUUCUUUGUACAAUGAAUUUGCAGAGUUUGGCAUACAGGAAGCUCGUAAACAUACGCACAUUCAUCCUUUUCCCGUGGAGUAUCAGGAUAAGUUCAGAAAUAUGACAGCUAUUGAUGGCAAAACAACACUUCAUACUGAGGCAUUUCAGUCUUCAAAAAUUCGGUUCCUACGAAGUUUGCUAAUUGAUGACAAUGAUUCAAUGAAGGUUUUUGAUUUUGCAGUGUUUCCUAAGCCUGAGUAUGAUCUGCCAAUCUUUUGUGCUAACUUUUUCUCCACAGUCAACAUGAAUAUCAUUGUCUUGGAUCUCAAUCCUCUUUAUGUUACGCAUAACGAGGAAUAUAAAAAAAAGUAUUAUUCAAAUUUGAUGCCCCUAGCGCAGAAGUAUACUGAGCUUUUACCAUGGGGGGACAAAAUUACAUCAGAAUCUCUAAAGUUUUUCUCUCCAAUUGUCAUAUGGACCAAAUUUGCUGCGAGCAAGUACAAGCAAGAUGUUUUGUACUCAGCUUUCAUGGAUUAUUUUACGGCAUGGCUUAACCUAAUGGACGAAUCCACCCCAGAGAAAAAUGCUGUUAAAAUUUUGAGUAACAAGGAAGCUCAGCAUCAAUAUUUACUAUGGCGAGCAACCAAGGAUCCAGGUCAUCCAAUUCUAAAAAGACUGCUUGGAGAUUCGCUUUCUGAGGAGUUCAUAUCAGACUUCUUAUUUAAUGGAGCACUCACGCUGGGAGACAAAAGGUUCUUGGAUUUCUUCCCUGAAUAUAAGUGUGCAGAUGGGACAAUAAACAAGAAACGCAGUAUGGCUGGAAAAUCAUUUUCCAAACGUCCAUGGAAUGAAGAUGGAAGCUUGAUUGAAAUGUAGUAACGUUGAAAUAUCUCUGUAUACAAAUCUGAAAUAUGUGCAGAUCAGGAAGUAGGAAGUUUUUACAAUACGACACUUGAAUGUACUUUAUCUUAGUUGACAUUU